AUGGACCUCGAUGAACGACAACAGCACAGCACAAUUGAAGAUGAGGAUGACAUGCCAGAGCUGCAAUCCGUGUCCAACAGCAGCGACUCUGAACUGAGCGAGUCCGACUACGAAGAGCGACGCCAAGUUGUGGAAGCUGUCGAGGACGACGAUGGGGACAGCAAUUGGUCCGAUGUGGAUGACGAGCAGGCAAUGCCCCCACUUGAGCCAACAUCCGGGAAUAGAAGGCCCCGCGCAGAUGACGACCAAGAUGAGGGCAGAGACAGGCGACCACCUUCCGAGCGAGUCAAUGCUCCAGCUCCAACUCCAACUCCAGCUGCACAACCACAACCACAACCACAACCACAACCAAAUUUUAACAUCCAACCUAUAUUCACCCAGUUCCUCGAGAUGUUACAAAACCUCGCUGCCAAUCCGAACAUGAUGUUUGGUGCCCCCCCACCCCAGCCAAAGGACAGCCAAGAGAAUGCCCUGCGUAUCAUCAGCGGGCUUGAAGUCGUCCCAGAGGGGCUUAUCCGACGUCUUGAACGAGUAUCAGCAUUAACAACUCCUGCUGUUGAUGAUGCUGCUGCCGUUGGUGGCGAUAGCGGUUGUGCGAUUUGCUGGGACAGACUGCUUGAUGGAGAGGGAGCGGAGUUUGCCUCGUCAGAAUCAUCGACGAAUACUUCUGAAGCCGCGCCAGCCAAAGCCGAACUACCACAAGGCAUUAUCGCACUUCCUUGCGCCCAUCUUUACCAUGCCUCGUGUCUCGUUCCGUGGUUCUCACGCGCGGGCCAGACUACUUGCCCAACCUGUCGCUUUGACCUCGACCCCAGCGGUGUUAUUUGGUAUGGUGGCCACAAGCGCGAGCCUGGUGGUGGCGGACCAAUGCCAUUCUUCUUCCCUCCCAAUGGUGAAGCUCCUGGCGCCUUUGAACCGGAUGAAAUGGACCCCGAUGAAAUGGGAGGCUUCGGCUGGGGGGGCGGUGAUGAGGAUCCCUUGUGGGAUUUCGGAGGGCCUCCCGAUGAUGAUGAGCAGGAUGAAGAUGAAGACAUGCCACCUCUUGAACCGAUACCAGGCCGAGCAGCCCCUCAACUCGACGACGACAUGCCUGCCCUUGAACCUAUCGCUGGGUCAAACGCCACACCAACUACUUCCGUGAACAAUCCUCCAAUUCCAGCUCCGACGAACCCAAAUCCUCAGCCACAACCUCAGCGAGCUCCUCCUGACAACAACAACCCAUUUGCACAGCUCAGGAAUGCCUUCCGUGGGGUCUUCAGCAACAAUAAUAUCAAUCUGGGCCUCAACACUGGAGCUCCGAAUAAUAAUACGACACCACCACAGUUAUCUCAGAUACUGCGAAAUUUAGUGCCUGGCGCUGGAGCAAGACGGAGAGAUGCCAACGAUACCAAUGUCCCUCCCACAACGGUUCCUGCACCCUCUGCCAAUGCAGCUCCUCCACCACCUCCGAUGUUUAGAUUUGGCGCGCCGCAAGGUGGAGCCGCUCCGCCCAAUCAACAAGCACCACCAAAUCCUCCCCCCUUCACUUUCCAUGGACCGGGUGCUCAACCGCCUGGUGGUGGAUUCACCAUGCAGCCAGACCAAGCGACUGCUUUCCUCAGAGCAAUAGGUCUUGGUGACAUCCUGCAAAACAUGAACAUGAAUGGUGCUCAAGCAAAUGGGCGCACACCGGAAGAUUUCCAUGUUCAUGUUGGAAUGGGCGGAAUGACGAUGCCAGAUUGGGCACGAGACAUGGGACCGACCUUUGCGAUCCCUGUCCAUGUACGACUUGAUCAACAACAACAGCAGCAGCAGCAGCAACCACGACCCCAGAAUAACGAUACCAACAACCCUGAGCCAGUGCUGGAGUGGUCUCCUCCUGAUUCGCCUGGGCCAACCGUGCGAGAGCGUGUUGAACGUCGUGAACGUGAUGCUGGACUGCGUUGUUGGGACUCGUCAUGUGGCGUCGGUCCUUCAGACGAUGAUCCUUUCAUCGAGGUGCCGCAAAGUUCACACCAGAUUUCCAUUGUUGGCGCGGACGAAAAAAAUGUCUGCCCACAUACCUUCCAUCCAAUGUGUCUAGUAUCGGCGCAAAGGUCGCGACGAGGGUGGCUGGAGCCUCACGUAGUCGAGGAGGAAGAGAGCGGGCAAUCUGUGCAGGUGGCGUGCAGCGUCUGUCGGGCGGAUGGGACUGUUUCACAAGCACAGUGGCUUGAAGGGCUUGCCUCUUAA